GGGGCCGCCGGGCGCGCGCGCCCACGGCGGAAGCCUUCCCCGCACCCUGCGUACGGUGUUCCUCCUGCGCUUCGCCGAGCGGGGGCCACGCUCCUGCGCCAGUGAGCUGGACAUGAUUUCCACAAGGGUGAUGGAUAUUAAGCUUCGGGAAGCUGCAGAAGGCCUUGGGGAGGACAGCACAGGAAAGAAAAAGUCCAAGUUCAAGACAUUUAAGAAGUUCUUCGGGAAAAAGAAGAGAAAGGAAUCGCCGCCUGCCACAGGAAAUAGCACUUGGAAACAGAGUCAGGGGAAGAGUGAAGUGAUUGCCAUCGAGUCGGGGCCAGUGGGCUAUGACUCAGAAGAUGAGCUUGAGUAA